UUCAGACAUGGCAACCAACAAUCUGUGUUCACUUAUUGUAGGUGUUCUUGUGCUUGCAGCAGCAAUCCAUGUUGAUGGGCUUAAUGCAUUAAGUUCUAACUACUAUGAUCAAACAUGUCCCAUGGCUGAAUCAGCUGUUGCAAAUGCUGUCAAGAAAGCCAUGCUGAAUGACAGAACAGUUCCUGCUGCACUUCUCAGAAUGCAAUUCCAUGAUUGCUUCAUUAGGGGAUGUGAUGGUUCGGUGUUGUUGAACUCGACCGCGAAGAAUCAAGCGGAGAAAGACGGUCCUCCAAACAUAUCGCUUCACGCGUUUUACGUCAUUGAUAAUGCCAAGAAAGCGUUAGAGGCUAUGUGUCCUGGUACUGUGUCGUGUGCCGAUAUCAUUGCUUUAGCAGCAAGAGAUGCAGUUGUUUUGUCCGGAGGUCCGUAUUGGGCUGUGCCGAAAGGGCGAAAAGACGGCAGGGUUUCAAAAGCAUCUGAAACCCGACAACUGCCGGCUCCGACCUUCAACAUAUCUCAACUCCAGCAAAGUUUUUCCCAAAGAGGUCUUUCCGUGGAAGAUUUGGUUGCACUCUCAGGAGGACAUACGCUCGGGUUCGCUCAUUGCUCCUCGUUCCAAAACCGGAUCCACAACUUCGCCACCACACAGGACGUCGAUCCAUCGUUGCACCAAUCAUUUGCAGCCGGCUUACGCAGCGUGUGCCCAAUGCAUAACACGGUGAGAAACGCAGGUGCGAAUUUAGAUUCAACCCCUACCGUCUUCGACAACAGAUACUACAGAUUACUUCUCGAAGGGAAGAGCGUAUUCACUUCCGAUCAAUCGUUACUCGCCAACCCAACGACCACGACGUUGGUCGAAAAGUUUGCGAACUCGCGAGAUGAAUUUGAGAAGGCUUUUGUGGAAUCCAUGAUCAAAAUGAGCAGCUUAACUGGUGGACAGGAGGUUAGAUUGGAUUGCAAACUGGUAAAUUGAUCUGAUUUCGUAGUUUUUGUUCAGAUUUGGGAAUAUUUUGUGAGGAUUCAAACCAAUUGAUGGUUGCAAAUUAAUGUGUGAUGUGUUCUUUUU